AUGCGAGUCCACCUCUACUCUACUUUCGUAGAUCUGAUGACAGCCUUCGAGACGGUUAAUCGCGAAGGAUUGUGGAAAAUAAUGUGGGAAUUCGGCUGUCCCGAGCGAUUCUCUCAGAUGGUGCGUCAACUCCACGAUGGCAAGAUCGCGCGAGUCACAGAAAAUGGAGAUGUCUCAGGGGCAUUUGCAGUGACCAACGGAAUGCAGCAGGGCUGCGUCCUCUCGCCUACUCUCUUCGGUCUCAUCUUCUCUGCCAUGCUGAUGGACGCCUACCGUGACGAACGCCCUGGGAUCCGUAUCGCCUACGGGACGGACGGCCACAUCCUUAAUCGGCGACAGAUGCACUUCCAGUCGCCUUUAUCCACAACUACCAUGCAUGAACUUCUCUUCACUGACGACUGCGCUUUCAAUGCCACCUUGGAAGGGAACAUGCGGAGGAGCAUGAAUCUCUUCGUCGUCGUCUGCGACAAGAGGGUGGUUAUGCAUCAACGGCCACCCGACGCUGCCUACAACACAGCCGAAAUCAAAGUGAACGGAGUCCAACUGCAAGUGGUGGACAACUUCACGUAUCUGAGCAGAACCCCCUCUCGGAACACCAAAAUCGACGAAGCAGUGGUCCGCCAGAUUUCCAAAAUCAGCCAAGCCCUCAGCCGUCUUUGCAACACAGUCUGGAAUCGCCACGGUCUCUAUCUCAACACCAGACUGAAGAUGUACAAGGCAGUCAUCCUACGGACGCUGCUGUACGGAGCAGAUACUUGGACGGUGUAG